AUGGCAAAUCGAAAAGAUUCCAAAGUCGAGCCUGAUUCAAAUGGCGAGCACAGCCCCGAGGGCGAGGCAAAUCGAAAGCGAGCGCAGCGGCUGAUUCUGCUGGAGCACCUGUGCAAUACAUUAGCCGAUCGAAUGUGGCUCUACGCAGCGGGACUGCUCCUCAUCGAUACGAUAGCUAAAUUGGACGCGAAUGUCUCCAGCAUCAUGACUGCCUCGCUUUACGGCGUCGUCCUUGCCUCGGUCAAGAUUUUGUUUGCCCCGUUUAUUGGAUCGCUGAUUGAAUCCAGCAGACGUCUUCAUGGGGCGAUGACGAGUUUGAUCUUUCAAAACACAACUGUUGCUUUAUCCUGCCUGACAAUGUUUUGGAUCAUUUACUCUGAUAAUGUCGAAAUUUCACCUUGGGCUGUGUUCGCCAUUGUAACGACAUUUUCUUGCUUCGCUAUUUUGGCAUCUGUUGGUCUUCAAAAUGCUAUCAGGGGAGAGCUCUCAAACCUUUGGAAAUAG